AUGGACGACGCCAACGCCGACGCCGGCGAGGUCCUCGACGCCAUCGCCUCCGGCGCGCAGCGCCACCCCACCGCCGAGAGCGCCCUGGCCUCCGAUGCGCAGCACCACCCCGCCGCCGAGAGCGCCCUGGCAUCCGACGCGCGCCACCACCUCGCUGCCGAGAGCGCCCUGGCCUCCGACGCGCACCACCACCUCGCCACCGAGAGCGCCCUGGCCUCCGACACCCAGCAGCACCCGGCCGCCGUCGCUGCGCCAGCCCAGGAAGCGGUGCCGCCCGAGCUCCACCACCAGCUCAUGGGCCUGCGCGGGGAUGACGCCGCGGGGAGUUUCCUGGCCGCCGUGGUGAAGAGGGCCGAGGACGCCAUCGCCGACGAGUACGACGCGAGGGCGAGGCUCCUGGAGGCUAGGUGCGAGGAGGCGGCCACGGCGGUGCGGGCGGCGGAGCAGGACAUUAGCUGCCUCAACGACGAGCUCGCCGAGCUGAGGAUCAUAUCUGAGGAGAUCAUACCAGAGUUGAACUGUGAGGAUCCGGAGGAGCAGAAUCAGAGGCUCAGGGCGUUACUGGACGCCACGACCAAAGAGCUCGAGUGGAAGAUGGACAAGAUUGCAGAAUUGCAGGAGCUGGAGAAGGAUAAUGGUCCCACACAUGGUGCUUUGGAGGUCAACACACUGGACAUGACAGGUGGAGAGAACAAGCUGCCUGUGCUGCAUGAGAUGGAGAAGGGUGCUUUGGAGAUCAACACAUCGGAACUGGGAGAUGGAGAAUGCAAGGUGGCUGAUCAUGCUCUCAUGCUGCAUGAAAACCACAAGCAAGAGAUGGAGGCUAUUCAUGCCAAGAUAAUUCAACUUGAGAGGCAACUGGAGCAAAGGGAUAAAGCCCUAGUGCUCAUCGCACGGCAGCUGAACAUGAAACUACAAGCAGGGGAGAAGGUCCCAGAGGAAGACCAUCAACGUCUUUAUGCAGUAAUGACGUAUGUGAGAAAUAUUGUGGAUGAGGAAGGGAAAAGGAUGAAAGUUCCAUUGCUAGACCUCUUCAAAAGAGAGCAGGCUAACAGCAAAGAGCUCCAAGAGAAUCGCCAAGAGUUGAUUCAGGGCUUUGAGAACAUGCCGAUUAGUGGGGGCGCCGUUGUUAGAAUCAAAAAGAUGGGCCAACUUGAUGAGAAUCCUUUUCGCGCCGCAUGCAAUUUGAAAUACAGGGACAAUGAUCCAGAGGGCAAAGCUGCAAGGUUGGUCUCGUAUUGGCAGGAGGAAAUACAGAAGCCAUCAUGGCGUCCGUUUACUAAUAUUCAGGUCGAUGAAGAAGAUAAGGAGGUUAUAGAUGACAAUGAUCCAAGACUAAGCAAGCUGCGGUUGGAUUAUGGCGACAGCGUCUGCAAUGCAGUGAAGGAUGCACUGAGAGAGCUCAACGAGUAUAGUCCUGACGAGCGGCGCAUCAUGAAUGAGGUCUGGAACUUCCGGGAAGGGCGGAAAGCAACGAUGACAGAGGUGAUCACCUGCAUUUUGGAGCAGCUGGCAGUGGCGGACCCAGGAUUGCGAGGACAGGAAUUCAAGGUUCCCCCCAAAAAAUGCUCAAAUUCAAUAUAACCGGCUAGGUACAGCUGUUUAGUUGUAUAACCGGAUGACAGUAGU